GGCGCUGAGGCUGCGACUGCAAAGGCAGAGCGGCAGCCUUCCCUUCGCAUGGACGCCCCUUAGCCGGGCUUGGCUGGCAGGGCGCGGCGCUCCUGCACCCAAGCCGGCUCGCUUCCCUCUUUCCCACGCACCCGUCCCCCCUCCCAAUGAUGCUCCCCAGCCCCGCCACCUCCACCCCCUUCUCGGUCAAGGAUAUUCUGAAACUGGAGCAGCAGAAUCUCGGGGGCUCCCUCGAGCCGCCCUUCCCCGUCGCCGCCGCUGCCUCCUGCCUGCUGGGGUGCCGCAGCUUCUCCGACGGGGAGGACGACGAGGACGACGACGAGAAGCUGCGCUUCCUCAGCUCCAUGGCGGCGACGGGGAAGAGCGCCGCGGAUGGGGGGCUUUCCCCAGGGAGCUACGUGCAGGCGGUGCUGCGGGGCACCUGCGAGUCCAAGGCGCUGGCGCGAGAGGGAGAAACGGCGCUGGAUUCCGGAGCCGGGAAGGAGCCCACGGAGGAGUCGUCGGAGCGACCCAAGGCGCGCGGCCGGAGGAAGCCUCGGGUGCUCUUCUCGCAAGCGCAGGUUUUCGAGCUGGAGCGGCGCUUCCAGCAGCAGCGCUACCUGUCGGCCCCCGAGCGCGAGUUGCUGGCCAGCAGCCUCAAGCUCACGUCCACGCAGGUGAAGAUCUGGUUCCAGAACCGACGCUACAAGUGCAAGCGGCAGCGGCAGGACAAGGCCCUGGACUUGGGAGGCCCGACGGCGGGGAUGCCUCCGCCGUCGCAGCAGCCUCCGCCUCCACCGCGUAGGGUGGCCGUGCCCGUGCUGGUGAGGGACGGCAAGCCCUGCCUGGGCGGCUCGCAGGCCUACAGCGCGCCCUACAACGCCGCCGCCGCCUAUCCUUAUAAUGGCUUCCCCAACUACGCCUACGGCGGUUCCCCCGCGGCUACUUACGGGGCCGGCUACGGCUGCAGCUACCCGGCGGCCAACAGCGGGGGCCCGUCGGUGCAGCCGCCUGCGGGGCCCUACAUGAACAUGGGCGGCUUCGCGGGCGGCGCGCAGGCCCUGCACCAGGGUCCCGCGGGGCCUUCCUGUAGUCAGGGCAUCCGAGCUUGGUAGCCCCGGCAGACGAAGAGAUCGAGCAGCGAGCGCGGUUCAGAGCCACGAGCCCAGUCCCCGGUCGCUGGCUGGGGCCCGGCGAGGCAGGCGGGCAGCCGGAGAAGCGGCGCUUCCUCCCGAAGAGGAGACCCGACCACGCAAGAAGGUGCUCCGCGCGCCGCUAGCACAGGUCGCGGCUCCAUCCUCCAUCCUCAGCACCUUGCCAGCCGACAGCCAGCCGGUGCUAAACGGCCUCGAUCGCCACGCCUGCACGCGGCGGCACUGGCUCUGCUGGACACUCUUCCCCCUUGGACUCUCUUCCCUCACUCCCGGCGGAGCUGCCCGCAGCCAAAGCUCUCCUAGGGAACGGGCUGGAGACUCCGCGCCAAGGCCGAGCAGGAACGGGAACGGGUGGAAGCCAUGCUCUGCCAGAAUGCAGCUUCGCUUGUACAAAGCCAAAGCCGGGGUGGAAGCCGCCGCGAGCCACCCUCCUUUUGUUGUUGUUGUUGUUAUUGUAUCUUAAAAGUGUAUCGAUGUAGCCACCGCUGCAAGGAAGUUAAAGGAUCCAAUAAACCAGGUGCAAUAUCCAUCGCAGGCUUCGCGCUGGCGGGGCGGGAGAGACCGUCGAGCGAGCGAGCGCGAGUGCGAGGUCUGGGUUCCUCCUCUGGCAUAAGUGUCCCUUCCAGGUAGAGUUCCUCUCCUGUUGCGCAGGUUUUAAACUAACCACGCUGCGCACCUAAAAUGCGCAAGUGUUGCAGGAAAAGUCGAAGCCACAGAACCGCUUUGCCAUCAUAAACGGCUGUCUCUGAAGCUUCUCCUUCCUUCCUCCUCUCUUCCUGAGACGGCACCCGUUUUCCCCUGAGUCCACCUUAAAUCCAUGCAUCUUCUAACUGUGGGACAGUUAUUCAUCCUAACCCACCAGCCGAGGUAGAUUCAUGCCGCCUCCAGCAACCUGGAGGCACGAAAAGUGUGUGUGUGUGGGGGGGGGGGUUUGUAAUCCGGAGUAACUUAAUCGGGAGUCAGUUCCUCCGGAGGGUCGGCAAGCCCAAAGGAAACCCGCCCUGUCAGGACCCUGAGCUGCUUCAAGAAGCUCGAAGGCCACGAGGGCUGCGGAGCGUGCGGCUCUCCAGACGCGGCUGGACUACAACUCCCAUCAACUUCGAGCACGAUGGGAGUUGGAGUCCUACAACCUCUGUAGGCCGCAGGCUCCCGGUUCUUG